CCGCUCCCCGCCUCCCAGACAGAGCCUCGGUCAGCAUGGGGGUAACAGGUGCCCACGGAUUACCCUGCUGUGGCCAGAAGUCUGUGGAAAUAGUGGAUAUCCGGGAUGAUGACUUAAACCCACAGCAUUUCCAGUCCCAGAUGAUGAAAGAGGAAGAUGAGAUAGCGCUGGAGGCAGAGCAGGAAUUGCUAGAGCAGGAAUCCCCACCCAAAGUGAACUUGGACCCGGACCCAGACCUAGGCCCAGUCCCAGAUCUCGAGCUCGUGACUUUGCUGAAGUCAGAGCUGCACCCAGCACUCAACCCAGAAGUUGAAGUAGAUACAUGGAAGGUGAGUGAUGGCGAUGAAGAGCCCAAGAAGCUGGAGUACAGGAUAGAGCCCGUCCACCCCUACACAGAGGGUCUACCGUUGCUGCAGAACUUCAGGCCCUGGAGUAUGAAUUCAAACACCAGCUACACGAGUUCCCCAGAGGAGAGCCAGGUGUUCACUGAGCAUCGUUCUAUCCGCGUGCAGACCUCCAAGCACCUCUUCUGGGCAAACAAGCUCAUUCAGGCCUCAGAACACAGCCUGCAGAAGGAGAUAAACGUGCAUCUCAAAAAGAGUGGUGGAGACAAGACCACCAGCCACCUAGGCCAGAAUUUUAUCCAUACCAACACCCCGAGCUCCAAGAAUCAGGUCCAGACCUCCAGUGCUCACUCAGAUCAUCCAGCCACAGGCUCCCAGGUGCCACCAAGCACUCACCUAUCCUCCUCCAGUCUUUCGCCAGCCAUUGGCCUGGCAGAGCUAAUCAACUUUGCAUCUUCUCUGGCCAUGGCCUCCUCCAGUAAGAUGAACUUGCCCAAUUUGGAGCACAUAAUCAAAGCUCAAUCCCAGAAGACUGAGGAACCUUCUACAGAGCCCAUCCAGCCUUCUACAGAGCCUGUCCAGCCUUCCACAGAAACUCAGGAGGAGAUACCACCAGAGAAACCACCUGAAGAUGGAGAGCCACAGAAAACUUGGAAUCAGGAAGACAAGAAUCUCCCUCGCUCUUACCUUGACUUCAGCAAACUGGGGGCCAAGAGGGCCACCAUUGAAGGAGAAAUGAAGCUUCUCCAGCCUCCAGCUAUCCCUCCCCCGCUGCAGGGAGCCAGGAAAGACUCAGUGCCGGGAACCAAGAAAGGGAAUCCAUUAUUGCUGAAAAUUCAUUUUAAGGUGUCAUCCCCCUCUAUCCCAGAGAAAUGACUAUACAAAACCAGUAAAGCCUCCAG